GGCUCCGCCCCGCCGGUGCCCGGCCCCUUCCAGCUGCGCUCCCCGCCCUCCGGCCUGCGCGCCCUGGGCGCGGCGCCGCUGCGCACUGGGCUGGGGCCGGGGGCCGGACGACGGGCGGGGGCCGGAGCUGUCAGCGAGCCGGUGAGUCGGAGCCGCCCGGGGAUCCAGCCCCGCACCCCGGGGAGGAUGUCGGAGGAACUGCCCUUGCACAUCAACCUCCGGGAGCCGCGAUGGGACCAGAGCACUUUCCAGGGGCGAGCCAAGCACUUCUUCAUGGUGACCGACCCCCGCAACCUCCUGCUGUCUGCGGCGACGCUGGAAGACGCCCGGAGGGUGGUUGAGAAUUACAGGUCGGGGACGGUAUCACCGGACCUGACGGAGGACCAGCUCUGGCGGGCAAAAUACAUCUACGACUCGGCCUUCCACCCCGACACCGGGGAGAAGAUGAUCCUGAUCGGGCGCAUGUCGGCCCAGGUGCCCAUGAACAUGACCAUCACCGGCUGCAUGCUCACCUUCUACAGGACGACCCCCGCGGUGUUAUUCUGGCAGUGGGUGAACCAGUCGUUCAACGCGAUUGUGAACUACACUAACCGGAGCGGAGACGCCCCCAUCACGGUCGGCCAGCUGGGGACGGCCUACGUCAGCGCCACCACCGGGGCGGUCGUGACGGCGCUGGGACUCAAAUCUCUCACCAAGCAUUUACCAUCGAUUAUUGGCCGCUACGUGCCUUUUGCUGCCGUGGCAGCUGCUAACUGCAUCAACAUUCCUUUAAUGCGGCAGAGGGAGCUGAAGUUUGGGAUCCCCGUCACGGAUGAGGACGGGAACCGGCUGGGGGAGUCGAGGGCAGCGGCCCAGCAAGCCAUUGCUCAGGUGGUGGUGUCCCGGAUCGGCAUGGCUGCCCCCGCCAUGGCCAUCCCUCCUGUGAUCAUGAACGCCCUGGAGAAGAGAGCCUUCCUGAAGCGAUACCCCUGGCUGAACGCUCCCUUGCAGGUCGGACUGGUGGGGUUCUGCUUGGUGUUCGCGACCCCGCUGUGCUGCGCGCUCUUCCCACAGAAAAGCUCGAUGCGAGUGAGUCGCCUGGAGCCUGAAGUCCAAGCUCUGGUCCGGGAGAAGAACCCCCACGUGGAGACUGUCUACUUCAACAAAGGGCUUUAAGCCAGGCUCUCCUCCACCCCCCCAGCUGCCGGGAGAAGAGAUCAGGGAACGGAUCGGAACCCAGGUGUCCGGGGAGAAUGUUAAAUGUUGAACUAGAAUAACGCCUUUGAGCUGCUGCUUUAUUUCUGGCUGUCAUGUCUCAGUAGGUCCUGUGUGUACGAUGUAGGUUCCUUGCACUCAGAUGACCCAUAGCAAUAGGUAGUGAUAUAUGCUGCUGUGGUAUAGAUUGUCUUUCCUGAACAAAACAGAAACAGGCAGAGCUGAUCCUCUCCGGUGGCAGGUCGAGAGCGGCCAGGGCCCCUCAGUAACCCUCCCUCCACUCCACCCUCCUGCUGUGCGUGGUCCCAGAGUGGCUCACAUGUCUGGAGAGUAAUGCUUCCAUGGGAUGCGGUUGCAGUCUUUCUAGACACUCGAUUGCGAUGAGGUGGACUGACUGCUGGGGAAAGCUACGUACUUAUACAGCAGAGUCGCUCAGAAAAAGAUUGAGGGGGGAAAGAGACGACUAUACAAGGGAGCUUGGUGCAGAGAUGGACUCCGGAGUGUUUUGGGGUGUCCUGAUCUGGGGUUUCUCUGCCUACCAGAGGAGAAUUAGCUGCAGUGUCUGAAUGCCCGGACCCAGAUCUGUAACUCAGCUUUGCACUUGGGCUGAUCGCUGCUGUUGGAACCUGGUGUUUGGAACCAGCUUUCACUCGUGUGUGUGUAUUUUUGCACGCUCAAUGCCUGUGCAUGUCCGGGCUCAUUCCUAACCGUUGUCUCUGCAGGGACCAGUUCUGAGACCUUGCACAUGCAGAAUAAUGGAAUUUCCAUGGGGGAGAGUUAAACUGUCCGUGAGGAAAUUCCCCUGCCUGUCUGCACAGAUCUAACCCGCUGCCCGUUGCAUUGCCCCUUUUAAACGCACUCUGGGAGGUGUGAGUAGGGCGACCGGACAGCAAGUGUGAAAAAUCAGGAAGGGGUCGGGGGGUAACAGGAGCCUAUAUAAGAAAAAGACCCAGAAAUUGGGACUGUCCCUAUAAAAUCUGUACAUCUGGUCACCCUAGGCGUGAAGGAAAGUCAGGGCCCCCCCGUUUUAUUGUGAAUAUUGACUCAAUACACGUACGGUGCAGGGGAAAAUGCAUCACAAUCGUUUUAGGAUGCGAAAGACAAUCGCUGGGCGCAAGAGAUCACUGAUCAAUAAAGCACAAAAAGAGGAAACCCGCCCCUCUUCUGUGAUCGGAAAGAACCAACGCUACAGGGGUAGGGAGACUCUUCCAGUAAUCACAGCUCUGUCGCAGCCUGCACCAUCGAGCUCAAAAUCAUCCUCGUUCAGGGCUGAUCCUGCCCCGCUGAAAUCUGCAGGAGCUGCACCGUUGGCUUCAGUGGGUGCAGGAGCAGGGGUCUGAAUGCAUCUUUUUAAAACUAGCCUAAUCAAGGCAGCUAACGUAGAUCUGACGGCUCGGAAAUGCCUGAGCUCUAAUGGAAAGGGCUGGGGAAUGUCACAGCUAAGCACAAGGGGCCCAAGGCUACUCCAGGUCAGCAAUUUAAUCCGGUUUUCCGCUGCUUUGAUCUCCAGAGCAAAUGACACAUUCUAAUCUCCGAAAACCAGCCCGGGAGGGGGGUGUUAUUUAAUGUCGCCUUUGUUCCAGGCUCAAGUCGCAUCCUGGGGCUGCUAGACGCCCUUUGAACAGGUGACGUUUGAAGGGAUCGCGUCACACUGCUUUAAGGUCCCUGGGCUUUGUGGCGUGGGUGGGUGUGUAGCUACAGACAGAUAAAAAUUGGAUGUUUUACAACGUCUAAACCGGACAGAAAUGUUUCUGUGACAUUAAUGAAAACGCGUUUAGUCCUGGCCUGGAUAUAAACCUUCCCCUGCUGUGCUGGGGACUGGCCCUCUGCUCCUGCCAGAAAGGAAACUGAGUAGACUCAAGAGGUGAAACUGACCCCCUGUUUGCCGGCCCAGCUGAGUGAGGGGCACAGAGCAAACAACCCGGCUCUGGGGCAGAAAGGGAAUUGGAUAUUGCAAAGUAGAACUAGCCGGAGCGGGUGUCCCAGUAAGAGCGGCCUUUGAUUGUGUCCUGGAGGGAGAAUCAGCCCCAUCCUACAAGAGACGCAGAGAGAGCUCAGAUCUGCUGCGUUCAGAUCUGCUGCAGAAGGUGGCUUGUUGCUCCUCCCAGAUGCCUGGGGUGAUUCUAGUUCCCAAAGGGAAAACAGGACACUGCGCAGGGCUGGCCUGAGGCCCCCUCCCCCCCCCCCCAGGGCUGGCCCGAGUUGUUUGCCCGAUCCCUGCCUGCCCCCUGCACGGGCUGGGAUUGCUGCUCGCCUGAGUCCUGCCUGCCCCCUGCACAGGGCUGGGGUUGCUGCUCGCCUGAGCCCUGCCUGCCCCCUGCGCAGGGCUGGCAUCGCAGCCCCCCCCCAUCGCAUGUUCCUCUGCACCUCGUUUUUUUGACAAAAGUGGGCAUUUGGCCCGUUUGCGCUUGCCAGCUGAUCAAGUCGUCCCCUAGAAUAGCCCUGACAGAAUCAGGCUCAGCGCUUGUCUGUAAUUUGCCCAGAUUGCACUGGCUGGGAGGGCAGUGAUAAGGACCCUCCAUCCUCAUGCUUCAGGGCACAGAGUGAUCAGCAGCUGGAGUCAGGCAGAAACGGUGCACUGUGGGGGUUUCACACUUCCCUCUGAAGUGUGUGGUACAGCAGCGGGCAUUGCACGGGGCUAGGUGGGACAUCAGAUUCCAGGGACGGGCUGACUUUAGUCGUCAUGUCCACUGGGGGACAAUCCUUUCCAACGGUUUUGAGGGAGGCUGGAGGCAGCUUGGUCCAAGUGGUUUGAGCAGGGCCCUGGGAGUCAGGACUCCUGGGUCCCCGUCUUGGUUUGGCCAUCGGUUUGCUGUGUGCCUGUGGGAAAGCCGUUUCCCCCGGCCACACCUCGCUUUUCCCAGGUGAGGGGAAUGGGGGCGCGAAGGUCGUCUGGUCUAACCCCCGGCCGAGCAGCAGGAGUUGUUGGGUCUAAAUCAUCCAAGACAGAUGGCUCCAGUCUCCUUUCGAAAACCUCCAGCCAAGGAGCUUCCGUGGCCCCUGAUCACUUCAGCCCCACCUAAGGCCACGUCUACGCUACCCGCCGGAUCGGCGGGUGGUAAUCGAUCUAGCGGGGGAUCAAUCUAUCGUCUAGACGCAAUAAAUGGAUUCCCGAAUGGACGCCUGUGCUCCACCUCGGCAGGAGGAGUAAGCGAAGGCGACGGGGGAGCCGCGGUGGUCGACUCGCCGCCGUGAGGCGAAUAGUGUAGCUGAAGUUUUAUAACUUAGAUCGAUGCCCCCCAAGUGUAGCCCUAAGAGUCACUCGGCUUGAGCACUGGGGGGACAACAAUGGAAACUGGGUGUAAACGAAAGAAAAUAUGAGAAACUCCAAGUUUUGACAGGGCCAAGGAAACAAGGCAAAUCCCGGUACUCUUGUCUGUAAAAGUAACUGGGUGUCAUUUCUCCUCUGCGCUGGAUUCAUUUCCAGCAGGGGCCUGCACAGAAAUCAGAUCUUUGGAAGGGCAGGACGUUUAAAAUCAAACAAUCCAA